AAUUGAAUCAAUGGUACAACCGCAGCAAUUACCUUAAUCAAAAUGCAAUUGAGGAUUUUACGAAUUCAAGUGGUGCACAUUCCGAUCGUUACGGGCAGGACUUCAGUUUGUUUAGUCAAUAUGCCAAUAAUAAAACUUUUGUAAAUUCCUUACAAAAACUUGUGGCAAAGGAUGAAAAUAAUUACACAGAACCACGUUAUUAUUUGGGUGACUUGAUACCAGGCACGUAUUGUUCACGAAUUUUUAGUGACUGUGACAAAAAAUCUUGCCGUUUGCAGUCUCCCAAUUAUCCUGGUAUCUAUCCAAGGAAUCUAACAUGUUACUUUGCAGUCAGACAGCAUGAUGUCCCUCAUGGCAAACAUGCGCUAAUUCUUGUGAGGCAGCCUAAAGGUAACUUGGUUUGGAUAUCCACACAGGAGACGACUGCAAAUAAACUCACACCCAGUGCAAGUGAAAAAGAAAAGAAAUUCGAACCCAGACUAAAAACUUGGAACGACUGCGAUUACAUUCAGGAAAAUGUAAAGUCCAAAUGGAAAUCAACGGACUACGUCACAGUCUACGAUGGCUACACAACACGUGACCCAAUCAUAUUGAAAUUUUGCGGUGGUGGUCAAGCAGUUCCAGCUGCAGUAUCCAGUGGACCGGAAUUGCUAGUUGAAUUUACUACAUCACCAUUUGGUACCUUUCAAGGCACAUCCUCACAGGUUUUACCAUUAUAUGGAUUUCAAUUAGAAGUUGAAGUAAAAUUCGUGGAUAUUCAAAGCCCCACCUACUCAAAAAAUAAGAAACCAUGUGAAUUUUGGAUACGUGGUGCCGGGCGUGGCAUACUAGAGAAUCCACAACACUCUUUAGCACCAAACACCACAUGUCUGUAUCAUUUACAGGGUAUUGGUGUCUUCAAAACCUUUGACCAUCUUAGUUUGUCGCGGCGUGUCACUGCACAAGGCGUACAUCAGCCAAUAUCACGUUUUAAAGUUUGGAUUUCUAUGCUGAAAUUUAAUCUCGAUCCUGAAUUCGGUCAAAUCGAUGAGACCUCAGUUGGUGCUAUUGGCGUACUACAAACACAUGAGGAUUGUAGCGGCAUGCUACGUAUCUGGGAUGGUGCUUUGCGUGAUCCACCGCAAUGCAAAGACCUAAAUUGCGUCAGUGAUGCACCUUCACAUUCUCCGUUAUCACAUUUCAAUCAGAACCACACAAACAUAAUAGCACGCUUCUGUCGUGGCACAAUUCCACGCACUUGUGAUCGAUCGAAUAUUAACGAAACAUAUGCACGUCCAUGCACCAUAUCUGAAAGUUAUGUGUCCAGCAGUGACACAAUUACUUUGGAGCUUAGGAAUACCGAGUCGACAGCGUUGAGGCCACUUGAUUUUAAGCUGAAAUACGAAUUUAUUGACCUGCAUCAGGAUGGCUUACCAAUGGGCGGCGGUGAACAUGAUUGUAGUCGUAAAUUCGUUAGCAACAUGAUGGACCGCAAGGAUCCGGCCAUAUUUCGCAGUGUACGCAACAUAUUUUUGUUUGGACGUGGUGGCACACGCAAUCUGAAAUGCAUCUACAAGUUCGAAGGUCAACGUGGUGAACGAGUACGCAUCAAAUUACGUAAGGUCACCACAAUGAACCGGCAAUGCAUGUCACGAGUGGAUGAAGAUAUUAACAGGUCGUUCUGUUACGGUGACAUUAGUGCGCGUAUUGAAAUAUUUGAACGCCCUUAUCACGAUUCAAUAUUACUGCCCAGAGGUUGCCUCUGUAAUUCCUCGAAUACAUCUCAUUUACCAGUUGAAUAUACAUCGACUAGUCGGGAUUUAGAGGUACAUUUUACUGCCUUUAACAUGUCAACACUUGAUGAUCCAGAUGCUAUAAAUUUCGAGGGACUUUUUGAGUUCAUAAAAGGACCCACCAAUUGCAAAGAUGGCAGGCGUAAAUUUGGUCCUAGUGGAACAAUUGAUAUGACAUUUGGCGAUAUGGAGUGUAGAUCAAGACCUUGGUUAAUAGAACCGUCAAAUGGCAACAAAUUCCUAUAUUUACGACUAAAAGCAGUAUUUUUACGUAAAUAUAAUCCAAAGAAACCAACGAAUACUACAAUUAUUGGCACGAGCUCAUAUCGUUGCGAGACCAAAUCCAGAGCGGUACUAACUACUGCAGAAGGUUUAACAAUAACUGCUUGUCCUUUGGGACCCGAUUCGAAAGCAUAUGAAUUUGUGGAAAUAUUUAGUGCAGGCUGGAAUGAAAGACCAAAUUACGCAAUUGCUAAUCGCUCUAAAGCUAUUAGUGUGGAGUUCCUACGUCCAGAGAAUGGAGAAUUUACUUUCAAUUGGAUGGAAAUACUUCCAAGACCAAUAUUAAGCUUAGCUGAAGACUGUCAAUAUAAAUGCUCAGAAUUAAGUGCAUGUGUUAAUGCAAGCGUCUGGUGUGAUGGUAUCGUUCACUGCCCUUCAGGCGAUGAUGAGGCCUUCUUACAAUGUUCCGCCUUUAUAAAACUGCCUACCGAAAUAUUGGCGACAUUGUGUCUCAUAAUGGUGCUAUUUGGUUGCGCCUUCGCAGCAUUUGCUUAUACAAAAAUUAAACGUAAGUUGCGUGGAUCUUCUGUGCUGCAGACACGCCUUAAAUCACUCAGUUCCAUGGACACCGCCGUUCUUGAUGAAAAAGAAGUGAUUUGCUGACAAAGCGACAAUUCUGUACGAUAUGUUGAAAUAGAUCGAGUCACCACAGUCUGACCGAAUUCUAAGGCAACACUUGAAAAAAUAUCGUGCAGAAUUGCGCUUCGGAACUAUAAGAAUUUUGGUACUGUAUACACCUGUUUUAAAUGCAUUUAAAUUACUAAUAUUUUUAAU